GAGUUCUUGAAAUGAUGAUAUACUUGUCAUUAUCUGACAGGGAUCUUGCAGGGAGUACAGAUGAACAAACCUAUGAAUUCUAAUAUUACUGACCAGUUAUCGUUGCAUGUUACAGCCUGCAGCUGCUGCAUUAUUGCUGAAAUCAUCUGAUUUAUUAAAGACAUUCAGUAUUGUCCUGAUUACUUCUGUGAGCUAAGCUGAUUCUCUAGUCGUCAAUAUGGCAAGUUUAAGGGCAAUAAUCAGGGGAAGACAAAUGUGUCUGAAGAGAUAUUACACAACUGGAUCAAAGUUAAUUGAAACAACACGAGACAAUGAUACAGGAAUUGAUAUUAUAUCUAUGUCAAGAGCACCAGUCAACAGUUUAAAUACAGAACUGUUGGGCUCACUGAAAAAAUCUCUGUUGGAGGCAAAGAAUUCACAUAGCAAAGGCAUCAUAUUGACAUCUUCCUUGCCAACUAUAUUUUCAGCAGGAAUAGAUAUUUUGGAGCUCCAUACCACUGAUAAAGAUAGACUUCGUAACUACUGGCACUCAUUGCAAGAUGCUUGGCUAACUCUCUAUAGUAUGGAUAUUCCAACAACUGCUGCAAUUAAUGGUUCCAGUCCUGCCGGAGGUUGUCUGCUUGCAAUAUCUACGGAAUACAGAGUUUUUGUUCAAGGCAAGCAUUCCAUUGGUUUAAAUGAGACGCAAUUAGGUCUUAUUGCUCCAAAAUGGUUCAGAGAACCAUAUAUUUCAUUGAUGGGUUACCGACAAGCUGACCUUGCACUCUUAAGGGGUUCGUUAUUUACACCUGAAAAGGCAUUGGAAAUCGGCCUCGUAGACGAACUCGCUAAUGAUAAAACCAAUGCAAUUGAAAAAUGCAAAAAUUACAUAUUGUCUUUCAAGAAAAUACCUGGCCUUGGCAGAAAUUUGACCAAAUUGGAAAUGCGUAAGGAUCUGAUCGACUGGUUCAAGAAAAAUAAAGAAGUUGAUACUGAAAAUACCCUGAAUAUAUUACAAUUACCAAAGGUGCAAGCUGGCCUUAAACUUUACAUCGAGCAUUUAAAGCAAAAGCAGCAAUAGAUACUUUGGUACGAGCUAAUAUACACGUUUUAUAUUCUUCAUAAUGUGGUGCCUUUUGUAUGUCAGUUUUCCAUAUUAAUUCUAUAUGAAUAAAUAUUUUUUGAUAUUGUUA